AUGAUCAGAUAUUCGCUGUAUGAGGACAAAAAGGCUGGUAUCAGAACCAAAAAUCCUCUCCCUGUAUCGAAGCAAGAUAACAAAUACGUUUUUGAAUAUCCUUGUGAAGAUUCUUCGUAUUGUACUGACUACUCAAUUGAACUACCGCCUAGUUUAUACAAGUUUGAAUUAUAUGGUGCCUCAGGAGGGAGUUUGACCUCUGAGGUCUCCACCCAUCACUAUGAAUCAGGAGAGUGCAUUCAUGACAAUAUCGUUCAGCAAUUUAACGGAAAUACCAAAUGCAAAACAUCUCUUGAUUACGGUGGUGCCGGUGGUUAUGUCAGUGGUUUGAUUAAUAUCAAACGCUUUACUCGAGCGUAUGUCACCAUUGGCGGUUCCGGAAAAUAUUUGAAUAAUACUAUUUGUUCACCCAUCGAAAACUGUUAUCUCAAGGAAAAUAUGGUUCCUGGUGGAUACGGUGGUGGAGGGCGUUCGUCGGGAGAUACAUUUGGCACUGCAAUUGGCGGUGGCCAGACCUCUGUUCAAUUUUUGGAAAACACCCUCUACCAUCGAGUGAUUGUGAGCGGUGCUGGUGGAGGAGCUGAUGACUACCAGCAAAGUGAUGCGAGAGGUGGCUCUGGUGGUGGCCUCGUCGCACAAGGUUGGUGGACAAAAUUUGUCUACAACGGCCAAUAUUUGGCGAAUUCAUCGUUUGGUUUUACAUUUGGCAGUGGAGAAGCUGCUCGGUUAGGUCCUUCCAAAAAUCCCAAAGGCGUCCAAAACCCUAGUGGAUAUGCUGAUAAAUGCGGUGGUGGGGGAGGUUGGUUCGGUGGAUUUUCAAGUCUCCAUAACAUUGGCGGCUGUGGGGGUGGUAGUUCAUGGGUUUUAACUAAAAGUGCGUAUAUACCCCCUGACCCGAUCGAAUCUCGUGACGAGUUUUAUGAGAUUAUCGAAACUAGGAAAUAUAAUUUUGAUCAGAAUUCAGGCUAUUUGUUUUAUGAUGUUAUACAUAUUCCUGGAAUAUGGCAAGGAAAUGGUCGUCUAGUUAUUACAGUUAUUGAGGCCUCAUCUAUUAAUAGCUGUUUCUGCAGGUACAAUUUAUAUUAUUAUCUUCUAGGAUUUCUUAUUUUUGUAGGUUAA